AUGAGACUUACACAAGCUUCAAGAACCUAUUGCGAUGACAGCUUUCCGACUGCUCAGUUUCUCUUGCUGGCACUGGUCAGAGUCGCCGAGCCAAUUGCCUUGACCUCCAUCUUUCCUUACGCCUGGCCCCUUGUCAAGAGCUUCCAUAUAGGCGACCGCAGCGAUGCCUCCUUCUAUACCGGUGUCCUCAUAUCUGCAUUCGCCCUCUCAGAGGCCCUCACCGGUUUUUUCUGGGGCUCUUUGUCAGACAGAAUUGGCCGAAAACCCGUGCUGUUGACUGGCUGCGUUGGUACAAUGCUCUCCUUGCUGAUCGUCGGCUUUUCUACCAACUUCUGGGUAGCAUUACUCGGCAGAGUGGUUGGUGGUGUGCUCAAUGGAAACAUUGGUGUCAUCCAGACCAUGGUUGGGGAAUUGGUGAAGAGGCCAGAGCAUGAACCCAAAGCAUAUUCGGUGAUGCCGUUUGUUUGGAGUAUUGGGACAAUCAUCGGACCAGCGGUUGGGGGUACAUUUGCCAAUCCGUCCAAACAUUUCCCUUCUGUCUUCUCAAAGCACGGUAUUUUUGCUCAUUUCCCAUACCUUCUACCGAACUUGAUCUGCGCGGCAUUCCUUCUCUUCUCUAUCCUUUCUGGAUACUUCUUACUACAAGAGACACAUCCAGAUCUACAACCACGAGCAAGCCUUUUCGUCUAUAAUGAGGAAACGGACCACACUCCAUUGAUCACGGCUGCUGGAGCGUCUGCGGACCCCGACGUGGAUCUGCGAACAGAGUCGUAUGGCACAUUCAAUGAGGUCAACUUACACGAGGAAGAACAUUGGUAUGUUAACGCCGAUGGAACGUCGACACCAGCAUCACCCAAUGAGAAGUCUUGUUCCAGAGCAUUUACAUGGCAAGUUUCGAUGUUAGUGCUUGCUCUUGGGAUCUUCACUUACCAUUCUAUGGCUUACGACCAUUUACUGCCAAUAUUUCUUCAAGACCAACGCAUUAGCGAGAUCUCUUCACUCAACGGCUUCAAUCCCUUUCAUAUUCCGGGCGGUCUAGGCUUGACCACCGAGGUAGUCGGACUGAUCAUGUCUGUGAAUGGACUUAUCGCCCUCUUCGUUCAAGGCAUCAUCUUCCCCAUCCUCACUGACUGGCUUGGGGUGUGGAGCAUCUUCGUUCUCGUCACAAUCCUUCACCCCAUCGCCCAUGCCAUUGUACCAUACCUGGUGCUUUUACCUGAAACCCUAGUCUACCCGGGAAUCUACACCUGUCUCACCAUCCGUAACAUCCUCCACAUCCUUGCCUAUCCCGUCAUUCUAAUUCUCCUUAAACAAGCUAGCCCUGCACCGUCCGUACUUGGAAAGAUCAAUGGUCUAGCAGCAUCAAUGGCUGCAGCUUGUCGAACCAUUUCACCGCCCAUCGCGGGCAUUCUCUAUGGUAUAGGCACCAACAUCGGCUUUACUGGGUUGGCAUGGUGGGGAAGCGCCUUCGUUGCUAUACUGGGAUCCUUGCAACUCUGGUUCGUGCCACGAGAAAAGAACGGAAAUGCCACUACAGUGCGGUCGUUGGCCCCGUGCUUGGCGAAGGCCCAACCAGAGCGAGAUCAGAAAGAGGUUGUAAGGGUUGAGGUUGUGGACCUGGAGCGUGCAUGA